CAGGGACAGUGUAGAUUUCUGUGUGGGAAAUUGUAGCACUAAACUUGUAUUUCUGCAGUAAUUGUUACUGUGGUUUACAGCCCUGACAGACAGCUACUGCCUGACUUCCUGAACAGUGUCAUUUGUGGUGCUGGAGAUUGAAAGCAGGAAUCAUGAAGUUAGAGCUGCCAGAAAGCUUUGAGGAUGUUGCUGUUGAGUUUUCAGUCGAGGAGUGGACGACACUGAGUGAACAGGAGAAAGUGUUGUACAAGGAGGUGAUGGUGCAGAACUACGAGAACAUGGUUUCAGUUGGGUAUAACAUUCCACUGAAGCAACUACGUGCAUUUCUUGCGAGGUUGGAGUCAAGUCCAUCUGGUAAUACAGAAGGAGGCAAAACUUUACAGGAGAAGGACCUUCCCGAUGGCAUGAAUGAUGUUAACAGGAAUGCAGAUUUUAGUAAAAAUCUGAGUCCACAAUUAAUACAUGGAAAAAACCUUCAUUCAGAAAGUGACAAGGCUUUGGGAAAUGAUGUGUUGCUCUUAAGAUAUGAUGGUGUGCAGAAUGACAGCAGGCGCCAUAAUCCUGUGGAAUGCGACAAGAAGCUCAAUAUGAAAACUGAAAUAGAAAAGCAUCUGGAAAGUCAAGGAGGGGAAAGGUCAUGUAAAAAUAUUCACUGCAAUGAAAAAUUCAUAGUUCAUAGAAACAGUUUAAAUGAUCGACUAAAUCAUAGAGUGAAAAGACAAAAUAAUACUAUGGCAAAACAUACAGAACCAUUCAUCAAAGAAGGUACCAUGUGUGACAAGGGAUCUACAGACAAAAUCAGCUUAUACCAUAUUCAUACUAGACAAAAGUCUGGUAAGUGUUCCACGUACGACCAGGGAGUUGUGGGUGAAAGAAGUGUGGCGUUGCAUCAUCAUGACCCUAGUGAACAGAUGCCCUAUAAAUGUACCACACGUGGCAGAAAUUUUAAACAGAAGUACAGCUUGCAAAACCGUCAUCCAAUUCAAAGUGGGCAGAAUACAUAUAAAUGUGCAAUACGUAAUAAAGGUUUCUCCUAUAAAACAAGUUUACUAAUGGAUCAGAAUAAAGUCUCGGUUCAGAGACCCUUUAAAUGUACUAGAUGUCAUAAGAGGUUUGCACAGAAGACUAGCUUAAAACGACAUCACUGUGCCCAUUCAAGUCAGAAAACCUACAAAUGCAGUGUUAUGGUAGGUCAUCAGUUAAUCCAAACCAGGCAAUGCUCAUAUAAAUGUACUAUAUGUGACAAGAGCUUUAGAUAUAAGAGCCAACUGGUUGCUCAUCAGAAUGUCCACACCAAUCGGAAGCUGUAUAAAUGUAUUACAUGUGAUGAACGUUUUAAGCAGAAAAGUAGUUUGGCACGUCAUCAGCAUGUUCACAGCAAUAAGCAACCAUAUAAAUGUACCAUGUGUGACAAGCGUUUUAGAUUUAAAAGUACCCUGGUUGGACAUCAGAGUGUCCACACCAGUCUGAAGCCAUACAGAUGUAUUACAUGUGAUGAGGGUUUUAAGAGGAAAAGUAGUUUGAUACGUCAUCAGAGUAUUCACAGUGAUCAGCACCCUUAUAAAUGUACCUUGUGCGACAAGAGUUUUAAAUACAAGUGUGUCCUGGUAGUACAUCAGAGUGUCCACACUGGUCUGAAGCCCUACAAAUGUAUUACUUGUGAUGAGAGAUUUAAGCAUAAAAGUAGUUUGGCACGUCAUCAGCAUGUUCACAGCAAUGAGCAACCGUAUAAAUGUGCCAUCUGUGACAAGCGUUUUAGAUUUAAGAGUACCCUGGUUGGACAUCAGAGUGUCCACACCAGUCUGAAGCCAUACAGAUGUAUUACAUGUGAUGAGGGUUUUAAGCAGAAAGGUAGUUUGGUACGUCAUCAGCGUAUUCACAGCGAUCAGCAACCAUAUAAAUGUACCAUGCAUGACAAGACUUUUAGAGAUGAGAGCCAUUUACCAUUGUAUCAGACUGAACAGAAUCCUUACAAGUGUAGCGUGUGUGGCAAGGGUUUUAUACGCAAAAGUUGUUUGCUACGUCAUCAAAGUAUCCAUAGUAAUCAGCAACCAUACAAGUGUACCAUCUGUGACCGGGGAUUUUUGUAUAAGAGAAGAUUAGCAUUACAUGAGCUUUUCCACAAUAGACAUGAACUUUUCCACAGUAGACAGAAACCCUACAGCUGUUCAACAUGUAACAAGGGUUUUAUAAACGAGAGCAGAUUGACAGUUCAUGAAAGUAUCCACACAGGACAGAAACCAUACAAGUGCACCGUAUGUGACAGGGUAUUUUUGUAUAAGAGUAGCUUGGUAUUACAUGAGAUUAUGCACACUAGAAAGAAACUCUACAGCUGUCCUACAUGUGACAAGGGUUUUGUAGAUGAGAAGAGUUUAGAAGAGCAUCAAAAUGUCCACACAGGGCACAAGCCAUACGCAUGCACUCUGUGUGACAAGAGCUUCACGCAGAAGAAAUAUCUGACAGCCCAUGAGAGCACACAUAUUGACCAGAAGCCCCAUAAAUAUACUACGUGUGACAAGGGUUUUUUUGAUAAACAGAAUCUAGCAGUGCAUGAGCUUAUCCACACCAGCCAGAAACCCUACAAAUGUACUACAUGUAAGGAGAGUUUUAGAGUGAAGAGAGAUUUGGUAGUACAUGAGAGUAUACACAGCGGAAAGAAACUAUAUAAAUGUACUACAUGUGGCAAGGAUUUUAUGGAAAAGAGAAGUUUGACAGUACAUGAGAUCAUCCACACGGGUCAGCAUCCCUACAAGUGUACUACAUGUGACAAGGGCUUUAUAAGUAAGAGACAACUGGCAAGACAUCAGAAUAUCCACACUAGAUAGACAGAGACACAAAGUCAUAAAAUACCAGUAUCUGCAGUCAGAAGUGAUAACAGUCUGGAAGAAAGAUAUCCAGACAGUUCCAAUAGUAGUGGGAGU